AUGAAGCCCGACAUCCUCCUCCUCGCCGCCGCCCUCGCCGGCAGCGCCCUGUCGUCCAAAGAGCCGGCCGACAGCUUCGACUGGGACGCCCUCGCGCCCUCGCCGGACCUCGAGUACCACGACUGCUACGCCGCCUACCGCUGCGCCCGCCUCGUCCUCCCGCUCGACUGGGCCAACGCCUCGGACCCGCGCACCCUCUCCCUCGCCGUCAUCAAGCUGCCCGCCCUCGUCCCGCCCGAGGACCCCCGCUUCGCCGGCUCCGUCUUCCUCAACCCCGGCGGGCCCGGCGGCUCCGGCGUCGACCUUUUGCGCGCCAGCUCCCGCCGCCUGCGCCGCGUCAUCGACAAGCCCGGCCGCCGACACUAUGAGCUGGUUUCCUUUGACCCGCGCGGCGUCGCAAACAGCCGGCCCCGCGCAGACUGCUUCCCCGGCGCCGCCCUCGAGCGCGACGCCUUCCUGCUCGAGGCCCGCGGCACCGGCGCCCUCGAUGCCGGCCGCCACGCCGUGCCCUACAUGCUCGGCCUCCACCACGGCUACGCCCGCCGCUGCAGCGCCGCAGAGGCCGCCGAGCACAUCUUUGAGUACAUGAGCACCCCGAGCGUGGCCCGCGACAUGGUCGAGAUGGUCGACAAGAUUGCCGAGCUGCGCUACAUGGGCUUCUCGUACGGCACCGUCCUCGGCAAUUACUUUGCCGCCCUGUUCCCGGAGCGCAUCGGCCGUCUUGUCCUCGAUGGAGUCGUCGACGCCGUCGACUACGCAACCGGUGCGGGCUGGCUCUCCAACAUCGUCGACGCCGACGAAAUCGUCAGCCGCUUCUACGCCGGCUGCCACCGCGCCGGCCCCGACGUCUGCGCCCUCGCCCGCUCCUCCGACGAGUCGGGCCUCGACAUCCGCGCCCGCAUCGAUGCCUGGCUCGCCGCCAUCGACGAGUCGCCGCUGACGGCCUCGAUCUCGCCCGCCGGCUCCGUCGUCGCCCUGACCUCGCGUGACAUCCGCGAGCUCCUCGGUUUCGCCAUCUACAGGCCCAUCGAGUUCUUCGUUCCCCUCGCCCGCGCCCUCGACGCCGCCAUGGCCGGCAACGCCACCCAAGUCGUCCGCCUCCUCGACCGCCGCGCCUCCGUGCCUCACCUGCACGACGCCUGCGCCGUCGACGGCCACGGGAACCGCUCCGAGCUCCAGACCCGCGAUGCUAGCCUCGGCGUCCUCUGCUCCGACGGCGACAGCGUCCGCGACAAGGACACGCCGUGGUGGCGUCGCUACGUCGACGCCCAGCUCCGCAAGUCGUCCGUCAUGGGCGCCUACUGGUCUGCCAUCCGCAUGCCCUGCGCCGCCUGGCCCUUCCGCACAAACUGGUCCUUCAAGGGGCCCUUCACCACCCCGGAGCCCCGCCUCGGCUCCGCCGGCCGUCCCGUCCCCGGUGAGCCGGCCGCUCCGAUCCUCUUCCUCUCCAACCGCCUCGAUCCCGUCACGCCCCUGCGCGCUGCCCGCGCCAUGGCCGCCAACCACCCCGGCGCCGGCCUCGUCGUCCAAGAGGGCCUCGGCCACUGCGCCCUCGCCACCGCCGACAGCGACUGCCUCACCCGCAUCGUCGCCGACUACUUUGACUCGGGCGCCGUCCCGUCCGAAGAGACGACGUGCCAUAUCGACUGCGGGCCGUGGGACGACGGCUGUGCCCUGUCCGGCUACCAGGACCACCUCGAUGCCUCCACCAUUCGCCGUCAGUCGACUUUACCGCUUGGUGUUUUCCCCUGA